CCGGUCUCUACCAUAAUUAAACUGCGGCUAAAUUUGUUCCCCUUUCACCUUCUUUCCUGGCUAGCUUCACAAAUCCAAAUUACACAAUGGGAAGACACACACUGAAAAUCAUAUCCUUGAUGAUGAUUCUUGUCUUCUCCGUUUUCUAUCAUGCCCCCACAACCGGAGGAGGGACGGCGGAUAGCGCAAGCACGGCCGCAGGCGGGGAGGGGGCGGAGGCGGCUUUACGGAAAAGGUGUCACCCCAUUGUAGAGGCGGUCAUGAGCCUGUUCUCUCUUCCAACCACAUUUCCGUCCACCCCUUCUUACUGGGCCAAACUGCAUUCCUCAGUCCGGAAUGGCCUUGGUUUCUUCUCCAUUGCCCCCAAUCUCGACUUCCGGGCCGGUGGGAAAGCGGGAAUGAGAGAGGAGGAAAGAAAUGGGAAGAAACUGGUGAAAGAAGCCGUGAUGAAGAGCAAAGAAACCGUAGAAGAUUCGGCAAAAUCUGCCGCCAGGUUGGCUGCGGAGGCCGUGGGAAGUUUAAAGAAGACAAUGUCGUCGGGAAAAACUGAAGAAAAGGGCGAGGAGCUCUGAAUCUGUGAGAUGGAUUCAGACGUAGAGAAAUAAUACUCCUUAUAAAGGUGGUCAUGUGUUAUAUUGUAUCGAAUUAAACAACCCUUGUAAAAGUAGCAGGAACAUGAUGACGGACCAGGACCAGGACCAGCGGCAAAUAAUUUAUAAUGGGUCUAAUUUUAAGAAGAUAUUAUUAUUUUUUGUCUAAUCUAAUGCAUAACAAUAAUACUCCAAAAAUUGUAACUU